UCUUUCUGCCCAUUUUAAUAAUUACUCGGCAGUUAAUUAAUGUCGCUAGUUUUCGCCGGUCUGCCCCGAGAGAUCCGCGUGUCUGUAGGCAGAGCAACUUACUUCUGUGACGUCAGUCUGAGGAGACACAAACCGAGGGAGACAUGCCCACAUUCUCCGGUUAAACUCUGUUUUUCGGUUCUUUAAUCAAUUUGAUAUCUUUCUGUCGGUGAAUUUAUCUAAAAAUGACAAGCUAAAGGGUUGUGGAUGACAGACGUGGGGUUUGUUCGUUGGUAUCGCAGAGUUAAACAAACAUGGUGUCAAGCAUAGAUAUACAACAUUUUGUUUUGUUUUAUUGUGUCAAGUUUCAACCGGUUUUGAGUGGCACGAUAGGUAAACUCAGAGUAAUCGAUUCCGACUGAAGCUUUUUAACCUUUGUUUGGGGAUGGGCUCGGUGACUUCUGCUCUAACACGGACAAGAAACGCGUUGGUGAAAGUGGGCUCAGAGCCGGAGGACCCGGACAGAAGCCAGUCCGCUCCGCAGUCGGACCGGGCCAAGAAGAAGAGCACGCGGUUCAACGUCUCGAGCCAAACAGGACGGCAGAGUUCCCGCCAGGCGCUGUCCGAGGUGCUGAGCAGACAAGACUCCGUCGGAGCUAAACGCACUUUGAAGAAAAACACUUCUGACGGCCAACAAAGCAUGGCGAAUGAAGAUGGGGAAAGCUCCACCAGACCACAGGCCAGUUUUGCACGCUCAAAGUCCCAGAGUGCUUUGUGGAACGCCAUCACGGCAGGGAUGGGGAUCAAAGGCAAAGAACAGAAAGCCCCCCCGAAUGACACACGGAGUCCUGAAGAGAUUCUGGCUGAUGAUCUUCCUACAGCAGAUGAACCAGAUGUCACAGAGAAAACGGCCAUCAGUGGAUGUGAAACAGAACAUGGUUUCUCAUUAUCAGCCAGACUCCUCCCUCUCUUUGACUGGUGGUGUUACUCCUCCCUCCCUCUUGUGUGGAGAGCUCGGCAGUGUGCGUUAAUCCCGGAUUGCGCUGCCCUGCCGUCUACAUCCCGUUGUUGUGGGGGGGCCAUGGCACGACUCCAGGACCCCUGUGCUCACACAGGAGAGAAGUGAACGAAUGAGAGAGAGAGAGAGAGAGAGAGAGAGAGAGAGAGAGAGAGAGAGAGAGAGGCAAGAGAGGGAGAAAGGAAAGAGGUACAGUUGGGCUGUCACAGCUGCUUGAGCACUGCACUGCACACUCUCUCACAUUAACAAGGGAGAAACGAGAGAAAAAGGAAGGAUGACGGCCGAUUUGUCACAGCUGUUGGUGCAAAUGUGAAUGAAGAAAGAGGAAACCUCGGUCACUGGGUUCCACCACAUCACAACCUCUCUCUGCUCGCUGCUGCGUCUUCCUCACUACUCACACUUAAGAGGGAUUAAACUUUUUAGUUAGUUUUUUUUACCUCUUGUUGCACAUCCAGAACUCUUUGAGUCUCUGACAUGGAGUCUCCCACCAAAGAGAUCGAGGAGUUUGAAAGCACGGCCCUGAAGUACCUGCAGCCGGAACAGAUUGAAAAGAUUUGGCUCAGGCUCCGGGGACUGCGCAAGUACAAGAAGACGUCCCAGAGGUAAGACUUGCUGCAGGGACACUGGACCACCUCCCCCACUCC